AUGACUUCCUAUGUGUUCAAAUGUGAGCUAUGUGAGUUAUCAGCCCCAUACAAUUAUGGGAGGACAUCACCAAACUCACACUGGAUUGUACUUUUGGAAGAAGCCUAUGUCAUGAGGGAUCCUUUCACCCCUGACAAGGACAAGUUCCUCAUCAUCAGGUCUCGUUGCAGUUUGUGUAGCAGAGCAGUGUGUGUUGGUACAGACUGUAGUCUGUUCUACUCCAAAAGCUUCUGCCUCCCCUGUGUGAAAGAAAAGCUAAAGGCCUUUCCUUUGGAAAUACAAGAAGACAUGGAUAAAAGGAAGCCCCAUCAGAAAUCCUGCAAAAAAAACGGAUACAAAGCAUAAAUCUUGAAGGUCCAAGAGCGACAGUUCUUUGGCUGGGGUUUCUCCUCUCUCUGCUUGGAGACUAUCAUGUUGCUCCUUUUAAAGAAGUGACCUUCAUCAGCUCACUACUACCAGAGAGAGCAGCACAUUUCCUUGCCCUUGGCUGGGGUUCAGACAUCCCCGUGCAGCGCCAGGGAGCGGCUCCGAGGUGCUGAGGAGCCAGGAAAGGAGGCAGACGAGCCUGCUGUCACCAUGUGAAAUGCUUGCAGUCAGAAACCAAACAGCACAGAGCAUAGGAACCAUGUCCAGAUUUCCACAUUUGCUAUUUUAGUGCUUUGUGUUGUUCUUGACGCUCCCUGCGGUGUUAUGAAAUUCCAAAACAGAUUGAUCUGGCUUAAUUCAGGAUAUACCCAAGAAAGUCAGCAUAUACCAAUUGUUAAUCUGGCAGUGCUGUCCUGUAAGAUUACAUAAGGCAGGGAAUUUAAAGCUUUAUUUUUAAGUCUAAAAUAAAAGUGCUGUGAGAAAAUGUCGUAAAUAUAAUACCUAAAUUUCUCAAUGUGGUAAUCUUAAUGCUAUCACAGCAUUGUGACUGAGACUUUGAAGGUUGGUGCUUCUGCAAUCAAUAAAACAUUUACAAGUCCCUUGCACUUGCAGUCACUUUUCAAUUAACCUUCCAGUCCAUGUCAGCACAGCAGCUGGAGAGGACCCUGAAUACAUUUGUCUUAUGUUUUACAAUAAAGGUGACUUCUUUUUCACUUUCAAAGCAGUUAAUCUGGAAAUAGAAAAGUUCCAUUGAUACACUCAAUUCUUUCCUGAACCCGACAAAUAAACUGCAGCUGUAAGAGGGAUGUCAGAAACACAGUUUCAGGUAACAAAGGUAAGAAGUUCAAUGGAAACAGCAGUUUGUUUAGCUCAAAAAUUAGCUUCUUCAGUUAUCUGUUUUGACUGUCUUAAGAUUUAGGUGGCUUUUAUAAAACCUGAGUCACGCCUUAAGGAUACAUCUAGAAUGCUCCCUAAUCACAACAUCACCUUUUUUACUCAAGUUACUGCUGGUCAUUGCUUCAGAACCUGUUAGUGCCUUGGUGAACAUCUCUUUUUUCCAACACUUCCAUCCAUAUAAGUUGUAAUAGGACAACAUCAAAAAUCAUUUCAGUAGAAUGAACCUGUGUUUGUUAAAAGAAAUCAACAGUAUUUCAAUGAGUUGUUUAGGACAUUGAAGUAUCCUAAAAUCUUUCUUUUUUUCUGAACUUACUAUAUUGGUGCCCUUCAUUCAGGACUGAAAUUUCUUGCAGUGACUGGAGGAGCAAUAAUGGACCUAUUAGUAGCCUUUUCAAGCCCUAAGUGCUUUAAUAAAGAAAAUAUAUGUAUGUCUCUAAAUGCGGAAAAAAAGACCCAAGUUAGGAGGCAACACUUCAGAUUCCUUUUUGCAGUUACAAAAGACUACACUUUCAGGGAAAGUGAUACUAAACUUAUGUAAGAUGGGUGGUAUUAGAUUUCAGUUUCACAUUAGGAACACUGUUUAAAAGCUGUGGUGUGUCUGUGUCUGUUCUGUAUAAACAUCAGAGGCAUGUCCUGUGCUAAACCCACAGCUGAAGAGAGCACUUUCCCACCUUGGAAUUGUAGUCUUAUAAUCAAGCUGCCAAAGCAACAUGGUUGUGUGAGAUCACAGGAUAUGUUUACACCAGCAAACAUACCUUGAAAUGUGUUUUUUGCUGGAUUUCCCAUUGUUCAUGACAGAUUGUACUCUUAAAAGCAGGUUUUAAAAGCCUGCCUAGUGCAGUUCUGUUGUCAGUGAGAUUGGGAUCUCAUCUGUCUGACCUGUUUUCCCUCCUGCUCAGCUUCCUCUGUGUCCUUUUAAGACAAAAGCAGUUAUCUCAUUUAUUCAUAACCAUUAUCUUUGCCUUUACAAUAUCACUGAGGAGUCAUUUAAAGCCCUCAGAAGUCUCCAUGCCUUUAAGUACUUGUUAUGUUGAACUGAAGGGGAAAAGACUCAGUAUUAAAAGGGAGCAGAACCUCAGAGCAAAACUACCUAAGAUUUAAUUUGGCUCAGCACAGCUCAUUUAUUUUACAGCAGGAAAAACUAAUUCAGGGAUGCCUCUGCUACACAGUUACCUGGCUGUGAAGACCUGGCAGAAAAGCCAGAACACGGAGGGACAGCAGAUGUGUUCUGGCAUCUCUGGUCUAUGCUUUAGGGAAAGGAGACUGCUCUAUGUGCCACUUGGUAUUUCCUGGAAUGACAAUGGAUUAUUAUCUGUGUCCAGCUGUUAGAACUUAGUUAUUCCACAUUCUUGUAUUUCCACUGAACAUGAGCAUUACGGUCUCAGUACCAUCAUAUUUUAAUAUAUAUGUGGUUUCACAGCCUGAAUGUUACCAUGCCCAGCUUUUCCUGCUCUUCAUGGAUGCACAGCCUUUACAGGUUGUUUUCAUUGGGGUCUUCAAGUACUUUCUGCUGCUCAAUAUCAGAUCUUCCAUGCUCCUGAGCACAGCUGAUGAAGAAACCAGUCUUUUUCUUCUGCUAUAAUUUCCACUUCAGCACUCUGUUACCAGCUUAAAAUAUCCCCAGAUUCUGGAAGGAAAGCAGCUACCUGUGACAUACUUCCCUGACUGAUUUAAUUGAAGAUGUGCUCAUUGAAUUAGUGCUGCGUUUCACAUAGAAGUGCACUUGUUGAAUUCCAUGGAUGUCUCAAAGCCAUACACUCCAUGAGAAUAUGAAAGAUCACAGCUGGAUGGUGGGUCAGCACCAAACUUAGGUAAUAUAUAUAAAUAAAUGUAUUUGCAAUGCCUCUGGGUUAUGUGACACACCCACUCCUGCUUCGAAAGGCAUCUAACAGUACACAGGGAAGCAUCAGUACUUGAAGAUGCUUCAAACAGGCUGCCUUUUGAAUGUCACAUUGCAGUGAGUUCCUUUCCUGGAGAUAAAAGAUCAGCACAUGGCAUUAAAUUAACUUUUAAAAAUAUUUUAUUUUUUUAAAACCAUUAAGGCAAAACCGUGUUUCAAAUUAAGUUGGUUUACAUUCAGUCUGAAAGGAUUAAAGCACAUAGGUUCCUACCAGUCUCUAUACAAACACUGUGAAUUCAACCUCUUGUUUUUAAAGAAGGCAGAAAAAAUCAGAAUGUAAAAAAGAAAAACAUGUUAAGUUCAAGUUUUUUCAUCCUAGAUCAGAAGGCUGGUAACGUUUGAGAAUGCAUCAUUGUGUGUAGCUAGAUGUGACUUUAACAUUCACAAGUGCAAGAUAUGUUGUCCUUCCUAAAAAUCCCCGCAAGACCAGGGCAUCCAUUCAUCCUUGGAAGUGUCAUUUGCAUUGUUCUAACAGAAGGAAACUUGGGAACUUGGCUUGCAUUAGUGGUUUUUACUGGGAAACAAGCAUUCCAUGAGAAUUAGGUUUGACUACUCCUUGCAAGAAAUGUGCUCAUUCUACAUUCUGUAUUUACUGAAGUAAAAUGUACCCAAAACAGCUGACUGGAAGCAACAAGCUGUUUUGUUUUCUCUCUAAUAUUGAUAUCCUGAUUCAUUGAAACACUUGUUAGCUCUAUUGAUUAGGGUUUGGCAACAUCAACAACACUGUACUUUCCUUGAAUCCUACCAGAUAACAAACCAUUUAAAACGUGAAGGAGGGCUUCAUCAUCCUGGGCCACUGAAGCUGUGGUGCUGCAUUCCUCGAGAUAAUUCUGAGCAACUGUUUGCAAGAGCUGUGGAACAGCAGGAGCUGCUCAGGAAGCAGGUCCCUGAGAAGCUGCUAAAGCAGACUUGUCAAACCACUCAGAGGGGGUUCUGGAGCUCGCCGAUAGCACGGAAACGUUGGUUGGGUUCACAGUUAAACUGCUGCAGCAGUAACUGACCCGGGCACGCUCCUGCUCUGCCCAGAGCCAAGGCACUGGGAUUCCAUGGAGAGAGCUGCUGUGUGUGGGGAUGAGCAGGGGUGGCUGUGAGUCACCUGCAGGAGGGGUGGUGACCUGCUCCCAGCUCUGCAGCACGUCCCACACAGCCUGCCUGGUGACACUGCACUCCUACACACCCGGAGUACCACGCUGGACUGGUGUGCCACCGGGAUUUCAGUGGCUCAGGACUUCCCCAUCCUGCCAAUCUUUUUUUCUUUCAGGUGGAAAAAAUGCCACGAAACUCCUGGCAUUGAGCAUAAGGCAGAUGUCUUUUCCACACCAGGAUUACCUGCAUACCCAACGUGAGAAAAUACACCAAAACAUUACUACGACUUCAAGUAGUGGAACUACCUCAAGUACCUCAUGCUUGAUCUUGCAGUCCUCAUUUAAGGUCCAGCCUGUGAUCAGAUCAGUCUCUUGUGCACGCUGCCUAUCCCCUGGCAGAGGCAGCUCGUCUGAAACUGAGGUCCUUGCAACAGGAAUUCUGUUUCGAAACAUCCACAGCAAUGGAGUCUGACCAGACUGACGCAAUAAAGGAGCUCGAGAAGAAACACACCCCAGCUUCAGAGGCAGAAAAAGAUUUAAAAAACCUGUGAGCACAAUGGAAUAAAAGAAAGGAGGAAGCAGCCUUCCUUAGGGUGGGCUCAGUUACACAGUGGGUUUGUGUCAUAUGAAGUGACAGGGUAAAGGAAGUGGCUGCAGGAAGCCCAGCAGAGCUUUGGCAAACAUGACACAAACACCUUAGGAGACAACAUACCUGUGUGGUGACACUGAUGAAGUGAAAAUGCCAAGUUGCAGCAAUUUAAAGAAAUAAAAUGUUAUAUGUUACAAAGAAAAAGCAGUAAGUACAAACGAUAGCUAGAACAUUUGUAAUAGAUUGUGCUUGUGAUACCUUCUGUGUUUGGUGAUUCACACAGCAAAAUAAAAGGUAGAUACCUUUGAAAGGUACCUUUUUCCCUAUAUCAGAUUUCCUUAGAAGGAUGCUGUAGGCACAGACUGUCACACCUGCAUGCACCAGACACAGAAUCCCUACAAGCAAACUCUGAAUUCUGUUUAAAACCCCUCCUGUAGGGAAGCCAAUAAUGCCAUUUCAAUGUUUUGUUUUGCACUGCCAAAUCACGUUUGAAAUACAUCUAUAAAACAGCAGGCUGCCCUCAGGGCAGAGGCAGGGAAUAAUCCUGAGUACACGUUGUUAUUCCCAGUGAGCCACAAGUCAGUUCCACAGAAAACACCAGCACUGGUGCAUGAACCAAAUGCAGCUUCUUUUUAGCUCUUUUCAAAGGAAAAUGAGCUACCACGCUGCAAAACAAAGAUCAACUCAGUUCUACACACUGUUUUUCCUAUUGGUGAACUUGAGCUAAAAACUCGAUUUUGGGAUUGCAGCUAUUCCUCAACUAGACUUGCUUUUAUUAAAAUUAAAUAAAAGGAAGUCUGUGUUCUAUGUGAAAAUAUAUUUUAAAGUUUUGUUAUAAUCAUCAACACCAAACACUGAUAACUCUGAAGAACUUGGGAUAGUUCUUCACAAAUGAUACAGCAAUAAAGACCAGACAGGAAUAAAUAGCAAAUUGUCUUUGACAUCAGCCCCUUCAUCCUUAGCCCAUAAAAGGAACUACUUCCUCACUGUACACAAGAUAAAGUAUGUAACAAAUAUUUAAAUUAAAUAAUUUACACAUUUUUCUUUAAGCACCUCUGUAAUUAAUUUAGUGAAAUUUUAUACCUUGCAUUUAUAUUCUUGUAUUUUAUAAAUCGAAACAUGAAGAAAUGGUAUUACAUUAAAUUAAAAAAAUGCCACAACACAUAACAACAUCAAUAAUCUUAGAUCAAACCCACAUAUUAUUUAAAUCUCCAGUAAAAGAAGGAUAAUAAAGCUGAUUAAACCUGAUUAAAUACAAAAAUUAUAUGCAACUGAUUAUCAGGAAAGCACUUGGGACAUAAGCAAGCACAGCUACCACGUUCCACCUUACAUUCCAACACUUCCUACAGGACGAGGGGUUUCUGAGAGGGACCAUUAUCUGCAGACCUUAUGCUUAAACAGUACCGUGACAGCUGCAAGUGCAUUUGUCAAAUGCAGUUGCAGAUUUUCAGUUAAGUCACAGGGAGCUUUUUAGGAGAGACUGAAACUGUUCCUGUGCAGCCACAGCAGGAUGUCCCCCAGCUGCUCUGCCUCAGAUGGGGCCCACGUUUGUCCAGGCUUUCCGUCAGAAAUGAGGAAAUUCAGAUUCAGUCGUGUGUGACCCAGCUCUCGUGAUGAAUAAAUCUCCCCAAGUUUCAGCAGUUUGAAUAAACAAACAAAUGUUUGGAUGCUUAUUAUAAGCUCUUUGAUGUGCAGCCUUGUGCCAGCUCUCUCAUGAGAACGGGCUUAGUGCAAGGGCUGGUAUUUCCGAGAUCCGCACACAAUAAUGCAGAGCUCUGCUGGCUGCCAGCACCUCAGCUCUGCAGCAGCUGCUGCAACCAAAGCACGAAGGCACAUGGAAAUGGCAGCUAACACAAAAUGUGGUUUCUUUAAAUGCAAAGGGAGGUGUAGUUUCUGUAAGUGGAAACUUUCCUAUCAGGUGUCAGUUUGUGUUUAAAGCGAAAGUGGGAUUGGAAUUUUUGAAAGGUACAAAGUAACUAAUUUUUUUAAACAGCAGCUUUAAGGGGAAUAUUUGAGGAGGAGAGAAGAAUGAACCUCAGAUUUCCCUUAUACUUGGCACAAAACCUUCCUUUUCUUCCCCACUU